AUGGCAACCACACUACAACACACCAACACAAUGGAGAUUUCGACACGAUCCGACAAGUCAACACCAAUCUCUCUCCUCCAAACGAUCAUAAAGCCUUUUCGACCACACCUGAUCAAAUCAAAGAAGGAGUUUCCACCCGGCUCACCAUACCUCGACGUCCACAAGACCGCAAAGAAACGCUGCAAUGUUACCGAACGACAAGUACAAGGAAUAUGGCUGUACGACAUGAGACCCAAACUUCCUGCAUCGUCAACGAAAGAAGGAGUUUCAGAAAAGAGAAGGAACAUCAUCUACUUUGCUGGAGGAGGUUGGCAGAUGCCGCCGAGUCCCGAGCAUUGGAAACUCUGCGCUGAGCUGUGUCAUCGGGUUCCGAAUACAGUGGUCACGAUUGUAUCGUAUCCGCUGGCUCCAAAUUCGCCGGCGAAAGAUUCGUUGCCCAUGCUGGAAACACUAUAUCCAUACUUGUUUCCAGUCACCGAGGCGGAGAAGGCAAACACAGAGACAAUCUUCGCAGGCGAUUCUGCAGGAGGAAAUGUAGCUUUGGGUUUGGUCAUCAAGGUGUUAUCGUCGACUCCUUCAGCACCGGUGCCUCGAAAGUUAGUCUUGGUUUCUCCGGCUGUGGACCUCAGAAAACAACCUGUGGCUUCGUCGCCGUUUGAGAGGGAUUUGAAAGCAGCAGAUAAAGUCGACCCGCUUUUGGGUAUUCCAUUCACGAAUGGCACGGCUGAGAAUUGGAGUCGCGGAGCUGAUGCUGAAGCACCUUGGAUCUCACCGGUAUUGGCCGACGUGAGUAUGCUUAGGGAGAGAGGAGUGGCCAUUUAUGGUAUCACUGCUGGCGCUGAUGUGCUGGCACCUCCGGCGAGACAUUUUGCGGAGCUUUGCAAGGAGCAGGGUGUUCAAGGUAGAUGGUUGCAUUGGGAGGGAUUGAUGCAUUGUUUUGUGUUGGCUUGGUGCUAUGGUAUCAAAGAGGGCAAGGAGGGGCUAGAGUGGAUGGUUGGUGUAAUAGAAGAGUAG